CGGAAGUGACGGAAAGAAGCACGGAAGACCAAUAUCGAUAACUGAAAAUGAAACAAACAAAAUUUACUUUGAUUUUUUAUUUGUAGAUUUAUGCUCAACUAAAGUUCAUGGCAGAUUUGUUUUUAAAUAUCUGAGUCUGUCAGACUGCAAACAUGAGUUCAGCUGCAGCUCAGAUAAUGAGACAAGCAGAUGCUGUUAAAAAUACAAUGACAGAGUCAGGAAAAGCAUUUGCCGACCUAUGGGUGACUAGGCAAAAGCUGGAGGAUCUUUACAAAAAGAUGUUACUGUUGGACUUGGAGUAUGCUUUGGAUAAGAAAGUGGAACAAGAAUUAUGGAACCAUGCUUUCAAGAACCAAAUAAACACACUUCAGACACAGGCUAAAGAUCGUCAGAAUCCCAAGAAAGUAGAAGCACAAGCUAGUCUUAAUUUGUUUUUGGAAACAGCAAGUGGUUUUUAUUUACAGUUCUUACAAAUGAUAUGCUCGACUUUUAAACUUGACCUGCCAUUCAGACGCAAAUCUGCUGCUUUUGGAAUUAUGAGAGAGAACACUAUGAACUACAAGAGUAUUGUCACCCCAAAGAAGAGCUCCUGUCUUUAUAUUUGCUGCCACUGCCUAGUCCACUUGGGAGAUAUCGCUAGAUACCGCCAGCAGACAGAACAGGCUCAAACGUACUACAGACAUGCUGCCAACCUUUCACCAAAUAAUGGUCAACCCUACAACCAGCUGGCCAUACUGGAGGCAUCUAGGGGAGACAAGCUGUCAACAGUAUUCUACUACAUCCGCAGUCUGGCAGUCAGGCACCCGUUUCCUGUUGCUGCCACCAACCUGGAGAAAUUUUACUCCAAACUGAUCAAGGACACGCGGUCAGAUUUUGAUGGACUUAACCUGACUAUGAGUGAGCUGAUCACAGCGUUCAUGCAUUUCCAAGCUCUGUUGCACAUGUCUACUGAUUUAGAAAGAGCCUCCAACCUGAAGAUGAAGAUUGUGUCUGGCCUGGGCAGCCACAUCAGGUCUCAGACAGUCUCCGCGGCCCACCUGACUGGCAUUGUGGCCAUCUCCAUCUUCGCCCUGCACAGGGCCAGGUGCGACAGCAAUGAUGCUGGCGACGCUGUCAGGAAAACUGUCCUGUCAUCAGAGGAGGAGAAGAUAAUCCAGAUACACCUGAGUUUUGCUGCCAAACUGCUGGAGACUAUGCUCCAACACACUCCCAAAGAGGACAACAAAGCCAGAGACUUUCCAACACUCUCAGCCAUCAAAGUCCUGUUUGACUGGUUCUACCUCAACAAAGACAUUUUUCAUGGAAAAGAUUUUAAUAACACCAGUAUCUGGUCCGAUUUGUGUAAACUGCUGAAUACACUGCAAUGGUUGUUGAAUGAUUCCAACAAAGCUUCUGAACUCAGGAAAUUUGAGGACACUCCCCUACCUGAGGACACAGAUCUGAGAUGUUUUCAACCACUGGAGCCCACCUACAGUGCAUACAACUUCAACAAAGCAAUGAAUGAGGACCUAAGCUCUGCAUGUGAGAGAGACCUGCGCUGCCAGAGACUGAUAUCACAUGGGAAAUGGGUGGCUCAAGAUCUGCCCAAGCUUAAGCUGAUUGUCUACCAGCCGGCCAAGUCCAUACGAACACAGUUUUCCACACAAAAAGUCUACCAUAUGACAGAAAGCCAACCAACACCUGUGCAGAAGCCAUCACAGCGACAAAAUGUUGCCAUGCAGACAAUAAUGAAGAAACAGAUGCAGAAGAGGAUGGAGCAGGAGAAGAGUUCAUCCAGUACAAGCCCACUAUCAGUGAUCUCUGAAGAGGGCAGGUUUGUGCCGCCAGCUGAGAAUGGAACAGACCCAGGCUUGAGCCAGAAGACAGGGGGAAGACAGGCAGGGGUCAUUACCCUGCACCACAAGAGUGGAGGAACUCAGAAAAAUUUACCACCAAGAUUAUCUGCCAAAGUUUCCAACACCCAAAACUCAACUCUAAGCCCUCGUCUUCAAAAGAAACAAAGCACACCAAACCACAGCUCAAGUCGCAGCAUCCCAGCUGUCAGUCGUUCAAACACACAGGAAGGGGUGGAGGGUAACAAGGAAGAUGUCCAAGAAAGCACUGGGUAUUCAAGUCAGGAAGUGUAUCCAAGUCUGAGUAUGGAUAACUAUCCAGUUCUGACCAGUGCCAGGUCCAACGCCUCCCUAAUUCCCUCGGAUAAUAACCAGCAGAGUAAUAAAAAUUUCCUCUCAAGCACAAGUUGGGGAGUCCUGAAUUUGGGACGUGAUAGCGGUGGGGGGAUGGGAUCAGCCGGUUCACCUUUAGGGAUGGGAUCAUCCGGUUCUCCAUUAGGAAUGGGGAGCAAACCGUCUUCUGUGGAUAACAUGUCCGGUUCACCGCGGUCUCCCCAAGCCUCUCCAGGCGUUGGCUCACCAUACUCCAAUCACGAUCAGGGCAUGAGGUCAUCAAUGGAGCUGCCAAUGAUGGGUGGGGAAGCCAUGGACAACCAGGGUAGGCUGAAUUUCUCAAGCUCAAAGCUCAAUGCAGAUUUCCUGUCUGCCAUCAUGUCAGCCAGUCAGAUGGUACAACAACAACAGCAGCAACAGCAACAGUACCACCACCAGCAACAACACCCGAGCAUGCGACAAAGUGGUGAGCAGUUCCAGCGACCGCCCUUUGGUCAAGGGCACCUCAACCCCAUGCUGAACCAACCCCCAGCCCAGAGCAACAACUACUACCAGCCCCAGAACCCCAUGCAGAACAUGUUCCAGCAGCCCCCUCUCAACCAAGGUACCACAGGGUCUAACCUCCCCGGGCAGAACUCAGCCAUCUUGAACCAGGCCCAGAGUUCCAGAGGUAUGAACAUGUUAGGGAACCAAUCUAUGAAAAUGCAGACGCCGCUAAGUAGCAUGAACAUGCCGCCACCACAAAGAGGAAUGGCACAAGGGCCACAGUCCAUGAUGCUGGACUCUAGGGCCCAGACAACAUCUACGGCCUCACCUGCCAGGGGUUACCAGGCUUCUAGAAUGGAUUCCUCACAAUCUUUCAUGGGCAAUCAAGCAGCCUCACCAGCUCCUGUUGGGUUCAUCCCCCCCUCAGCUGUUGUAGCCCAGACCAAAGGUCAAGCGCCCAGCUUGAAUGGCCCAAGUUACCCUUCUUCCAUGAUGUCUGGUGGCUCGGUGGGCACAGGAAGAUCAGGCAACAAUGUGUCUCAGUCUCUGUCUGGCAUGGGUGGAGCUCCAUUCAUGGGGGGCCAGCACCUCCACCACCACCCCCAGCAGGUGUCCGCCAUGAAGUCCCAGUCCUCGGGUCUGCUGUAUCAGAACAUCCCACUACCAGGCAGCGCCACUGGUGGCAGCAGCGCUGGCUCAGGUGGGCCCAGUUCCAACAUGUCUGGGAUGGUCAUGCCUGGUCAGGCCCAGGGUCAGUUAGUUUCAGGUCAGCCCAUGUCUCACAUACAGCACUCAGCCUACAACAACAGUGGACAGGCCAGCAACAGCCUCCUCCAGGAUUCCAGACUUUCAGCCAGCUUCCAAGGCCAUGCUGCGGGUACACCCAAACCAGAGAAACAAAAUAUUCCUACACAGUUUAUCCCACAACAACAGCAGCAGGUCCACAAGCAAGGCCCUGGCACCCAGCAGGCCAUGAUCCGCGCUGUCAUGGACCCCCCCUUCCUCCAGGCUAGCGGGGAGUACACCCUGUUCAGCAACAACAACUCCCCUGCCUGGCCCACCUCGCUGGUCAAGAACACCAACCAGAUGCUCAAGGCUGCGUCCAGUAAAGGUCAUGGUCCCAAUGCACAGAUGGCAUCAGCACAGAUGAUGGCAGGUCAAGGUCACCAAGAUCCAGGCACCAAUAUGCAGGGCUUGUGGUCCAGUACCGGCCCCUCCCCCCUGGAGCGACUCCUGGAGCAGCAGAGAAACCAGAGACAGGCAGACGGCUGAGACACGACUCCCUGGCAUUUGUUCACAGAUCAUGGACCUGUUUGGUCAAACCCAAGUGUGGCUUGUUUUUCCAUACACAAAACGUGUCAAGGGUUACUUCCCUUACGUCCUCAUCAGCUAUUGAGGGCUGUUUCCCUUUAGAUUCAGGAAGAGAUUGCCUGUACUCGUGGUGACGAGGAUUUUUUACCAGUAUUGUAGAGUUUUUUCUGUGCUAGCUUGCCCCGGUUGUCAUUAAUUUAUUUAUAAUGCCCCCACCGCGGUGAGAGGCAGCGGAUUCGGUCGAGUGCUUGACGAGAUUUAUCUCUAAUCAGGGCAGGGGGUGCACAGCAGGUUGACCAUCGGGCACUUUGACGCAGUACGACUAUAUCUUUACCUAGUACGUAGACAAGACCUUACCUGUAGCUUGUGUUGUAGAGAUGUGUAACCAGAAUGAUCUAGACACCUAAGCUAUGCUUCUGUGACCACAGAGUCAUUUUAUUUUUUCUUACAAAAAAAAAAAGGUGUUUAAUGAACUCAAGACGUUUUUUUUUUAAAAAUUUAUUGUAAUAAUGUCCAGUGAAAAAAUUAAUUUUUUUCGCUUUGUUUUUUUUUUGUUUUGUUUCUGAUUGAUGGGUUGUUUUUGUUUUAUAUACAUACUAUACCAGGAGUUGCUUUCUUUUAUCUACUUCAAAGCAGCUCUCUCCCCCCCCCCCCCCCCCCCAUUCCUAUGUUAAUGGUUUACAGAAGUUUGCUUUAGUUUAUUGCAAUCUUUAUCAGCCUGUUAAGUUGAAGACUUGAAAUUGGUUUCUAAAAAUAGUCCAAGUUUAGUGGGAUGUUUACAUUUUGCAAGCUGUUUAUUUAUUUAAAAAUUAAUUCUAUUUUUUUAGGGACAGGUGAAUUUUAAAUAUUAUUUUGGAAUAUGUGUGCUAAUAUUUUAAAAUAAGUUUGGGAAUCAAAUCUUGAAUGAAUAAUAUAAAUCAAAUGUUGUCAUUCUAAGCUGAGGUUAUAAACUAGUUGUGAGAAAUAAAAUGUUUUAGCCUGUUAACGUCAGUUUUGUUUCCUCAAGCCAUCUGUCUUAUAUUUGUAAAAGUUUUUUUUUAUAGUAGAUGUGAACACUAUGCAAAUUGUAACCAGGUAGGAUUCUUCUGAUUUGGUUUUAAGCUGGACAUGAGAAUUGUAAAGUUGUGUUUUGAUGUAGUAGCAGCAGUUUCGAAACAUCAGGACUGUAAAACUUGGAAUGUUUUUUUUUAUAGGAAAUAAUGUAAAAUGGCUUCUUGUUAAAAAGCUACACAUCUUUUUUUUUAAUGUUCACAUUGUCAUUCAAAUGGUGUAUGUGGUGCUGGGGGGGGGGGGGUGUGAUUAAUUUUGGGGUAAUACAUGCUUCCCAGAUAGACUAAACUGUGACAAUUUACUGUAGUGACGACCAAUAACAUGAAAGGGUGAAAAAAUAUUUUAGCGUCCUGAAUUUUAAAAAAAAUUUGGUGAUGAAUUGCAUUAACCACAUGUCAGUAUGUUAUCGCCAUGGCAACCGUUGUUUACUCAUGGAGGGUAGGCUGUGUUUAUGUGUACAUAGUGGAUGUGAUGGAGUGGUUACCUUUCUCUAGAUUGGGUUCUGGUAGUGUCAAAACUUUGGUAGCUAUGUGACUGCUCAUGAUAUGGUUUCAAAAUUUUUUAAAAUUUGGUCAUUUAUUAGAACAUUACAUCUGAUGCUCUCAGCCAUUGUUAUGUGAAUAUUUUUUCCAAGUUUCUGUAGGCUGGCCAUUAUAAUUCAAGUAACUAAAAUUUAAAGUUUGGUGAUUAAAAUUCUGCCAACUAAACGUCAGUACUAAACUAAAAAGUCUUACAUUUAAAAUUCUGUUAAAUAAGAUUUAAAGUUUGGUGAAGAAAAUAUUUUGCUAACUUUUACUAAAAUUACGACAAUUAAAAGUCUGGUAACUGAAAUUUUGAAUUUGGUUAUUAAAAUAACAAAUUUUGAAAUUUAAAUUCUUAUAACUAAGUCUGUAAACUAAAAUUAAAAGCCUUGUAAUUAAAAUUAAAUGUUUGGUAAUUAGCAGCUUGGUAAUUAAAAUAAAAAGUCUGGUGGUUAAAAUUCUAAUCAUUCAAAGUCUUGUAAUUAAAAUUAAAUGUUUGGUAAUUAUGUAAUAAACAGUGUGGUAACUAUAUUAAAAAAGACUGGUUGAUAAAUUCUAAUAAUUUAAAGUCUUCUAACCAAAAACAGUGUUAUUAAAAUUAAAAGUUUGGCGAUUAAGGGUCUAGUAUUGUAAGGGUUACACCAUAUCACAGUCAACAUUGAAGGACUGGUGCUUUGAGAGUUAGGGUUCUUGCCUUGGGCAAGUUGACAGUAUUUAAAUUAUUUAUUCAAGUAGAUCUCUGCAGUGAGCAGAGUGUAUUGACCUAAGGUCAUCAUGACCUUUUGACUAGAGGUUACCGUGACCCAGGUUUUUUUUUUACCUGACAUUAGAGCCAGAUGUUUUGUUAGGUGUGAGGAGAUUACUUUGUGUUGGGACCAGGUUGUGUUAUGUGUAUUUACAGCAAGGUGCGUGUGUUUGUGUGUGCUGAUGUUGGUUCAGGCUAAUUAAAGAAAAUAUUUUUUCUCCCCUGAUAGACCUGCAAUAAAUUAUAG